CAGUCCACACUUUGUGGUAUCCAUGUCUCUUAGCCCGUUAGUUGCAAAAUCUUUUCCUCUUCAACUUCACCGUGUGUGUCAAACAUUACUUCUCUCAUGUUACACUGUUUCCACCACAGCACAAACAUAAAAAACAACAUCGUUUAAUCGCAUGAGUAGUACUAUGGCAUGGUAACAGUUGCAGAUACCCAACAACAACAACAUCAUCAUCAUCACAAUAGCAACAACAACAUUUGUGACACAAAUUUGUGAAAUGAAUCAUGGCCAGCGGCAAGUGUUGCAUGAUCUCUCCACAACAAAACCAGAAUGCCCCCACAUGUUAUCCUUCACCAAUGGGAAUGGUCUAUGCAGACAUGAUGGGGUCUCUCUCUCUAGCCACCGUUUCAAAUAAUGCUUCUUCAUCACAAGAAAGUAAUGGUUAUAGUUAUGGUUAUGCCUCUGGGGUGGAAAAUGCAAGGAGUACAAGGUGGAGUUUUCCUUUCACGAGGGAGUUUCUUUCUUCAAACUUUGAAGACUGCAGUGAUGUAGUAGUAGGGGCUGGGGACAGUAACAACAACAUUAAUGAGAAAACAAACCAUAAUAAUGGCAAGUUCAGUGAAGAAGAAAGUAACCCUAAUGAGAACAACCCUGCCGGUGGCAAAGAGGUGGAUAGUGGGCACUCCAAACUUUGUGCAAGAGGGCAUUGGAGACCUGCUGAAGAUUCCAAGCUCAAGGAGCUUGUGGCUCUUUAUGGCCCUCAGAAUUGGAACCUCAUAGCUGAAAAACUAGAAGGAAGAUCAGGGAAGAGUUGUAGGCUGAGGUGGUUCAACCAGUUGGAUCCAAGGAUCAACAGAAGAGCAUUCAGUGAAGAAGAAGAAGAGAGGCUAAUGCAGGCACAUAGAAUUUAUGGGAACAAAUGGGCCAUGAUUGCAAGGCUUUUUCCUGGGAGAACAGAUAAUGCAGUGAAGAAUCACUGGCAUGUUAUAAUGGCCAGGAAGUACAGGGAACAAUCCAGUGCUUACAGGAGGAGGAGAAUGAGCCAACCUGUGUACAGAAGAGUGGAUCAAAAUCCAACCUUUGUUUGCAGCAGCAGAGAUAAUAAUGCCUCAACCACAGAACCAGAACCAGAAUCAUCACCUUCCUAUUAUCCCAAUCUCAAUGACCGUGGAGUAGCACUCACCAAUAACAUUGCUAGUUUCCCAUCCUUACAUGGAGUAGCUGCUGGUGCUGGUGGAGUUGUUGAGUUUGGCUCAAAUGUUUCUCCACUAAACAUGACUAGAGGUAGAGAAGCAGUGUCAAACACCACACAUGUUGGCUUGUGUGCUCAAGCUCAACAACAAGCACCAUUUGAUUUCUUCUCUGGUGGUGGAAGCCAUGACAUGGUGUUGGAGUCUAUGAGCCAGAUGAGAAGCAGGGAAAGGACCAAUGAAUCUUACAAUCAUCAUUGCCAAUUAUCUGGUUUCUACCCUCAUCAUCCCCAACAAUAUUUGAUGGCAAUGCAACAACAGCUAGACAACAACAAUUUUUACAGUUUCUUGAAUUCCUCAUCAUCAGCAUCAACAACAAGAACUAGGGAACCAUCAUCACCAUGUGUUGCAGAAAUCAGAGAUAAAGUGGUGAAUAGUGACCCCCCAGAUGGUGUUCCACCCCCAUUUUUUGACUUCUUUGGAGUAGGAGCCACAUGAGGAUCAGGAAUCAGAUUGUAUCCAAAAGCUGCAAAAACUUCCCCGGAAGUUCCUCUAUAUAGGUGUGGUCCAACAUUUACUGAGAAGCCAUUCGAGGCAAAUAGAAAGGAAUAGUUGCUUGAGUUUGGUACACUGUGUAAAACCUUGCGUCACUCACUGCCUCUGUGUUGAUGGUGAUAUCACCACCCGUGUCUCUAUUUCUGAUUUUUCUUCCUUUCUUUUCUCACACAAUGGGGGACCCUUAUGCAAAAACUAUUUGAAAAUAAUCACGAUAAUUUAAUUCUAUUACUAUUAUCUUCCUAUGUGCUCA